AUGGCCUCCAACACUCCUCAAGUUGAAUCUGGAGAUUUACGCUCACAUACCUCUCAGCUCCCCAAGCCCAAUCCAUGGAGUGUAGCUGCGGUCCUCAGAGAUCUCCCCAAUCCGCCACUCGAAAAUUCUUCCUCGCCUAUCGGUUUCUUCCACUACCUCGAACGUCUCAAGAUUGAGAAGCGCGAGGGAUGGCGUCGUUUCGGCAUCGACAAAGGCGAAUCCAUAGCAGACCAUAUGUAUCGCAUGUCUCUCAUCACAAUGCUCGCACCGCCCGCGCUAUCAUCUAGGUUGAAUAUUCCACGAUGCACAAAGAUGGCCUUGAUUCACGACAUGGCAGAAGGUCUCGUCGGCGACUUGACGCCUGUUGAUGGUGUCCCGAAAGCAGAGAAAAGCAGACGUGAGGCAGACACGAUGGACUGGGUGGCCAAUUCAUUGCUAGGCAGGGUUCAUGGCGGCAUCAAUGGCCAGGAGAUCCGCGCAAUAUGGCAGGAGUACGAAGACAGUGAGACGACGGAAUCCAAAUUCGUACAUGACGUCGACAAGAUUGAGUUGAUCCUGCAGAUGGUGGAAUAUGAGCGGGCCCAUGACUGCAAGGUGGACCUGAGCGAGUUCAGCUGGGUUGCCGGAAGGAUCGUGCUGGAUGAAAUGAUGGCAUGGGCAAAGGAAAUAUUGGAUGAGAGAGAAGAACUAUGGAAGCAGAAAGGUGCCGAGCCGAGAGAUCCGACGAACAGCGACCAUAUCAAGAAUCAACAGGAUCAAUACUACAGCAAUGGGGUGGCCGCCGAAGCAAAUGGUCAUGCCAGGUGA